AUGACAGCUUUCAUUUCUUCACCUUAUUAGCAGCUUCCCUUCUUCAGAUUUAGAUCCAACUCCAUUUAAACCCUAAUUUUUCAUCACUGUUCUUCAUCUCUGCAUUUCCAACAAGUGGGUUUUCUUUCAAGAAAUCUUUCUCAGUUUAGUCAAUUCCGUGCUGACAUUACUGUUAACUCUUCUUAGAUCCAAGUUUUUUUCAAAAAUGGCGUCGAAAUCAUUCAAGGGUUCUCGUUCUAAUCUUUCUAUAAGCUCCGAUGCUACCGAUUCACAGAAUAACAAACCCCCUUUACCGCCGACGGUCACCUUCGCUCGCCGGACUUCGUCGGGGAGAUAUGUUAAUUACUCAAGAGACGAUCUUGAUAGUGAGCUCGGAAGUCAAGAUUUCUUGAAUUACACUGUCCACCUGCCGCCGACGCCGGAUAAUCAGCCGAUGGAUGCGAUUUCGCAGAAAGUUGAAGAACAGUAUGUUUCAAGUUCACUUUUCACCGGUGGAUUCAAUGCUGUUACUCGAGCUCAUCUGAUGGAUAAAGUGAUCGAUUCCGAGAUCAGUCAUCCGCAAAUGGCGGGUGCUAAAGGAUCUUCGUGUUCGGUUCCGGGUUGCGAUGCGAAUGUGAUGAGCGAUGAACGAGGAUCCGAUAUCCUUCCGUGCGAAUGCGAUUUCAAGAUUUGUAGGGAUUGUUAUCUGGAUGCCAUUAAGACAGGUGAUGGGAUCUGUCCAGGUUGUAAAGAGCUGUAUAAGACGACUGAUUUGGAUGAAUUGGUGGUGGAAAAUGGUGUUAGGCCGCUGCCAUUGCCGCCACUGGCAGGGAUGUCGAAACCGGAGAGGAGGUUGUCGUUGAUGAAGUCGACGAAAUCGGUGUUGAUGAGGAGUCAGACGGGGGAUUUUGAUCAUAACAGAUGGCUGUUUGAAACUAGUGGGACUUAUGGGUAUGGGAAUGCAAUAUGGCCGAAGGAGGGUGUAAUUGAGAACGGAAAAGAUAACGAUCACGUCGAGUCUUUAGAAAUGAUGAAUAAGCCAUGGAGACCGCUCACUCGGAAGUUAAGGAUCCCGGCUGCAAUUUUGAGCCCGUAUCGGCUUCUUAUUCUUGUGCGAAUGGUUGUUCUUGUGUUCUUCUUGGCAUGGAGGAUCAACCACCCAAACAACGAAGCAAUCUGGCUAUGGGGAAUGUCGGUAGUUUGUGAACUAUGGUUUGCCUUCUCUUGGGUUCUUGACCAAAUGCCGAAGCUCAACCCUGUCAACCGAGCCACGGAUCUUAAUGUUUUGAAAGAAAAAUUCGAAUUACCAACCCUAAACAACCCUACCGGGAAGUCCGAUCUUCCAGGCAUCGAUAUCUUUGUGUCCACCGCAGAUCCCGAGAAGGAACCGCCACUCGUUACUGCAAACACCAUUUUAUCGAUUUUAGCCGCUGAUUAUCCGGUUGAGAAGCUGGCCUGCUAUGUUUCCGAUGAUGGUGGUGCACUCUUGACCUUCGAAGCCAUGGCGGAAGCUGCAAGCUUUGCUAACAUGUGGGUCCCGUUUUGCCGGAAACAUAAUAUCGAGCCUAGGAACCCAGAAUCGUAUUUCAAUCUAAAGAGGGAUCCUUAUAAGAACAAGGUGAAAUCGGAUUUUGUCAAGGAUCGUAGAAGGGUAAAACGAGAGUUUGAUGAGUUUAAGGUUCGCAUCAACGGUCUUCCGGACUCCAUUCGUCGUCGGUCUGAUGCGUAUCAUGCACGCGAGGAGAUAAAGGCUAUGAAACAACAGAGACAAAAGAGGGACGAUGAACCUUUGGAGAGCGUCAAGGUUCAAAAAGCGACGUGGAUGGCAGACGGAACUCAUUGGCCCGGGACUUGGUUGACUACGGCACCGGAACACUCGAAAGGCGAUCAUUCGGGAAUCAUUCAGGUGAUGUUAAAACCUCCAAGUGAUGAUCCAUUACAAGGUACAGAAGAUGAUGCCGGGAUGCUCGAUUUCUCAGACGUCGACAUCCGUCUUCCGAUGCUCGUUUACGUAUCUCGAGAAAAGCGUCCAGGAUACGAUCACAACAAGAAAGCGGGGGCCAUGAACGCACUUGUCCGAGCCUCUGCAAUCAUGUCAAACGGUCCAUUCAUUCUGAAUCUCGACUGUGAUCAUUACAUCUAUAACUCUCAGGCCAUGAGAGAAGGGAUGUGUUUCAUGAUGGAUCGAGGUGGCGAUCGGAUUUGCUACGUCCAGUUCCCGCAAAGAUUCGAGGGUAUCGAUCCGUCUGAUCGUUACGCCAACCAUAAUACCGUUUUCUUUGACGGAAACAUGCGAGCCCUUGACGGGCUCCAGGGUCCUGUCUAUGUUGGAACCGGAUGCUUAUUUCGCAGAAUUGCGCUCUACGGGUUCGAUCCACCUCGAACCAAAGAGCACCACGCGAGUUUCUGUAGCUGCUGUACGGGUCGUAAAAAGGUCAAAUUUAGCACGCCGGAAGAGAAUCGAGCUCUAAGAAUGGGUGAUUCCGAUGAAGAAGACAUGAAUCUUUCUCUUGCUCCUAGGAAAUUCGGAAACUCGACUCUCUUAAUUGAUUCCAUUCCCGUGGCAGAGUUCCAAGGCCGUCCCCUUGCAGACCAUCCGGCUGUCAAGAACGGCCGCCCACCCGGAGCUCUAACCAUCCCUCGGGAGCUUCUCGAUGCAUCCACCGUUGCUGAAGCCAUAAGCGUGAUCUCGUGCUGGUACGAGGAUAAAACCGAAUGGGGACAACGUGUCGGGUGGAUCUACGGAUCCGUAACCGAAGACGUCGUCACCGGCUAUAGAAUGCACAAUCGCGGAUGGAAAUCGGUGUAUUGCGUCACAAAGCGUGACGCUUUCCGUGGUACAGCCCCGAUCAAUUUAACCGAUCGACUUCAUCAAGUUCUCCGGUGGGCUACCGGUUCCGUCGAGAUCUUCUUUUCACGUAACAACGCGCUUUUAGCAAGCUCAAGAAUGAAGAUUUUACAACGAAUCGCGUAUCUGAACGUCGGUAUUUAUCCGUUCACAUCCAUCUUCUUGAUCGUCUACUGCUUUCUUCCGGCGCUUUCGCUCUUUUCCGGCCAGUUCAUCGUGCAAACCCUGAACGUCACAUUUCUCGUGUAUUUACUGAUCAUAACUCUAACGAUCGUCAUGCUCGCUGUUCUUGAAGUGAAGUGGUCAGGAAUUGAGCUAGAAGAGUGGUGGAGAAACGAACAGUUUUGGUUGAUCGGAGGAACCAGUGCGCAUUUAGCCGCUGUUCUUCAGGGUCUUCUGAAAGUGGUGGCCGGAAUUGAGAUCUCCUUCACGCUGACGUCAAAAUCCGGCGGAGAUGAUGAAGAUGACGAGUUUGCAGAUCUUUACGUGGUGAAAUGGACAUCGUUGAUGAUUCCACCGAUAACGAUAAUGAUGGUGAACUUGAUCGCGAUAGCUGUAGGGUUUAGUCGGACGAUUUACAGUACGAUUCCGCAAUGGAGUCGUCUGCUUGGUGGGGUGUUCUUCAGCUUUUGGGUGUUGGCUCAUUUGUAUCCAUUUGCAAAAGGGUUGAUGGGAAGAAGGGGAAGAACACCGACGAUUGUGUUUGUGUGGUCGGGAUUGAUUGCGAUCACGAUAUCGCUUUUGUGGGUGGCCAUUAAUCCUCCACAAGGCCAGAAUCAGAUCGGAGGAUCGUUUCAGUUCCCGUAAAACGCCAUUCAUUUAUAUUAUAUAUUCUUCAUUGUCAAGAUGGCAAACGCCAUUGAUUUAUAUUCUUGAUGGCAAACGCCAUUUUUUGUAUCCAAAUUUCUUCGUUUGUAGCUUUUUC